AUGACUAAAGAAGAAGAACAACAAAAAAAAAAAGAAAAAGAAAUCGAUGCUACAAAUACCCAAAUUCAGGAAGCUUUGAGUGAUUCAACAAAAAAAAGAAAAGCAGAGGAUGAAAUUGAAAUUGAUUUAUCUAAGGGUGUUCCAUUAUCCAAAAAACAAAAGAGAUUAUUAAGAAGGGGUAAAGUAACAUUGGAAGAAAUAAAUAAAAAAUAUAACAUUGAUCCAGCUUCUCUUGCCGAAUUCGAAAAGGAAAAUAAGGAAAAAACCGAAAAAGUUGCUGUUGCCAGUUCUACUGAAAAAACAGAGGAAUCCAAAUCCGCAUCUCCAUCAAAACAAGCCAAAAAGUACGGCGUUUGGAUUGGGAAUUUGUCAUUUGAUACUACAAAGGAAGAUAUAAUUAGAUUUUUGACCGCUAAAAUUGAAAUAAUUAAACCUGAAGAUAUCUUAAGAAUUAAUAUGCCAUUUCAAAAAACGGAUGGCAAAACAAUUAAAAAUAAAGGUUUUGCAUAUGUUGACUUUUCUUCUGUGGAGCAGAUGGAAAAAGUUAUUGGGCUAAGUGAAAACCAAUUAAAUGGUAGAAAUUUAUUAAUUAAAAAUUCCAAAAAUUUUGAUGGUAGACCCAAAAAGGAGGAUAGUUUAAUUUCUAUGAGUAAGAACCCACCAAGCAGGAUUUUAUUUGUAGGCAAUUUAAGCUAUGAUAUUACUAAAGAAUUGCUGGAAAAACAUUUCCAACAUUGCGGUGAAAUUGUUAAGAUCAGAAUGGCCACAUUUGAAGAUAGUGGUAAGUGUAAAGGGUUUGCCUUUAUUGAUUUUGUCGACGAAGAUGGUCCAACUAAAGCUUUAACUGAUAAAAACUGCAGAAAAAUUGCGGGUAGACCGAUUAGAAUGGAAUUUGGUGAAGAUAGAAGUAAAAGACAAGUUAAAAAAAGACCAAUAUCUGUUGAGAACAAAUUUGCUAAAAGUCGUUCUACAAAUAAUUCCAAAAAUGGAGAAAUCAAUUACAAAGAGCCUGGUCCUAUACCAACAAAUAAGGAUAAAGAGAAGAAACCAUCUAAUAAUAACAAGAGAAAUAAUUCCAAGGCUUAUAAAGACAAUAAUGACCGUUUGAAAAGUAGUGUUGCAUUGGCUAAUGCGCAAAGAGAAUCUGCAGCUAUUGUAAAAUCUACUGGUAAGAAGGUUAAGUUUGAUUAA